UGUUGCCAUGGAGACUGAGGCGCAGCGCUCAGAAACAGCAGGAAGCCGGCGACGGCGGCGCGCUCAGCCUCUCAGAUAAGAUCAGCGCUUAACUCAGACGGUGCGGGGCAGAAGAGCAGGUGCUGGGGGGCUCUCAAGAAUGGAAGCCAAAGGUGUUCAUGAUCUGCAAUUUCAAUGGACUCUCUAAAUAAAAACGGCAGCACCAACAAGCGAUGGAUGGGACGUGUCCACUGAUGAGAUAACAAGGAUCCUCUUCUCUUUUUCACGAUAGACAGAUUUGUUUUGGUGAAGUAAACAUUUUAUUUUUUGUGAAUAUUUUUCCACACCCUGCCUCUUUUACAUUUCUAUGAAAGAAAAUGAAUCGCUACACAACACUUAAACAACUGGGGGACGGCACCUACGGCAGCGUGCUGAUGGGCAAGAGCAAUGAGUCUGGCGAAUUGGUUGCUAUCAAAAGAAUGAAAAGGAAAUUUUAUUCAUGGGAAGAAUGCAUGAACUUGAGGGAAGUAAAGUCUCUAAAGAAGCUGAAUCACGCCAACGUCAUCAAGCUGAAGGAAGUCAUCCGAGAGAACGACCAUCUUUACUUCGUGUUUGAGUACAUGAAGGAGAACUUGUAUCAGUUAAUGAAGGACAGAAGCAAGUUGUUUCCUGAGUCAGUAAUCCGAAACAUGAUGUAUCAGAUCUUACAGGGUCUCGCUUUUAUCCAUAAACAUGGGUUUUUUCAUCGUGACAUGAAACCGGAGAACUUGCUGUGCAUGGGCCCUGAACUUGUGAAAAUAGCCGACUUUGGCUUGGCCCGGGAGAUCCGGUCGCGCCCUCCGUACACGGACUACGUGUCUACCAGGUGGUACCGCGCCCCCGAGGUGCUCCUGAGGUCCGCCACCUACAGCUCUCCCAUUGACAUUUGGGCCAUAGGUUGCAUAAUGGCGGAGCUCUACACGCUGCGGCCUCUUUUUCCUGGAAACAGUGAAGUGGAUGAGAUCUUUAAGAUCUGCCAAGUUUUGGGAACAGUAAAGAAGGUGGAUUGGCCCGAAGGGUACCAGCUGGCAUCUGCAAUGAACUUCCGCUUCCCUCAGUGCGUCCCCACGAACCUGAAAACCCUCAUUCCGAAUGCCAGCAAUGAAGCUAUUAGCGUGAUGAAAGAAAUGCUGCACUGGGACCCGAAGAAGAGGCCCACGGCCGUCCAGGCUCUUCGGCAUCCUUAUUUUCAAGUGGGACAAGUGGCUGGAGCGUCCCUGCCCUACGCUGAGCAGCAGAAGCCCAUUAGCCGACCGCUUCAGCCAGUAGAACCAAAGCCAGUAUCUCUAAAGCCACCGGAGACCCUCUCACCUUUGGAGCCGGAAGCCAAAGCAGAGCCAGAAACCCCGAGCGUGGUGACCCACCUACCCCUGCAGCAAAUACAGCUGCCACAGCCACAGGCCUCGAGCCAGCCGAGCUUUUUAAAGGAGAGCAAAAAAUCUGAACAGCCAAACCUGCCAGCCAUCAGUAACGGCGGUUCACCAAAGCCAGCAGCCAUCACGAACGAAAAUGCCGUGGUGGGAAUAAAGAGUGGCCGUCGACGGUGGGGCCAGUCGAUGCUGAAGACGUCGGACAGCUGGGAUGACUUUGAUGAGUUUGAUCUCGGCGUAUCCUUCUCUAAAAAGCCCAGCAUUGGAUUUUUAAAAGAAAAGGGGACCAAGGAGCCCUUAUUCCGGCCUGUCGAGCAAGCUGCCGUCGUUGCUCCUAUCAAUGGAAAUGUAAUUCCAUCGAGUACAACGAUCAACAGAAUUGAGUCGGGACUUUCAAAUUCCUCUUCGGCUAAGCAGCACUAUUUACGACAGUCCCGGUACCUUCCUGGUGUUAAUCCGAAAAACACUUCGGUAGUGGCAGCAAAUCGGGACGCAUCCCAGGACCUGUGGGGCAAUUCAUCGGCUUUAAUGCCCAAGACGCUCGGGCCGAUUGGAGGACUUGGGGUGAGCAGAACUCAUGCAGAAAAUGGACAAAAAGGAAAACUGAAGGAAAAGUCUGAACAAUUAAGCAGCAGCUCUUCAGGUAGCCCAGAAAAUAUAAACAAACUUCUGGAAAUGCCUCCUGUAAAAGAAAAGCCGGUCAAAAAAGUAGAGGAGCUCAAAGGAUAUUUUGGUGGCAGCAACUACAACCCGCCUGGUGUGUACUUUCCAUCAUUUCAGAAAAAAGAAGUCGGGUCAGCAGGGCAGCGGAUUCAGUUGGCACCUCUAGGAGGAGCAGCAACAAAUUACGACGGGUGGAAGUCUAAACCCGCCCGAUCGAACCUGACAACCACCACCUUCAAUCCUGCUGGGAAAGCAUCGGCUGCACUUCUGAGUCGUGCUCCGCCGGUCCAGCCUGUGCACGGUAGGAUCGACUGGGCGGCCAAGUACAACAGCCACCGAUAGCGAGCGCUUGGCCGCACCACUCUGAGAGAUACUCCCACAUUCUGGGACAGCACCAAGUGUUUGACACCGGGAUCCGUUACUUUAGUGGAAUACGUGAAGGAUAUGCAAAGAAGUCUGUGACUUUGGGACUGGAAUCCACCAGGCAUCUUGGGAAGAAACACAAAAGAUCCAUCCAUCCAUCCAUUUUCUUUUCUUGUAAAAGCCAGGAAAUGCACAUUGAUGCUGUGAUAUUUCAAUCAGAUCAUUUUAUGGAGUGGCUUCAGAGCAUACCUCGACAAAGAUGAAUUCUGAUUUGUCACAACACGGUGCUCACGUUAUUAGAGUGGGACUGGUAUUCUGGCCUCCUUACUGAGGAUGUCACCUUAGCAGGUCUGAAUUGGUCCACACACAACUAGUGCGUCCCCCUCUGGUGGAUGGGCGUUUUCACGGCUCCUGGACAUGAAGCCCAUGUUUCUCCCUGUCGCUGCGAGCAUCUGUGCUCUUUCAUACACUCAGAACGUAUUUUGUGUUUCUAAUCAAUUUACUGCAUUCUACUCAAAGGAAUGAGCUAACAUUUUAAAAAGGAGACAUCUGGAGAAGUGCUCCUGGCUCCUCCGGGUUGUAUGGGAACACAUUGUGUGCAUUAUUUUAAAGGAAUGCCUGGAAAUAAUACAGAAAUGAAAAUAGCCACAAAUGGAGAGAGGAGGCCGCCUCACAAAGACCCCAGGUGGCCAUUGGAGGUGAGAGGGUCCUCCUUUGGCCCCACAAGCUAAUGGCUGUUGUGUGAUCCAAAGGCCCUGAGCUCAGGAGCUACAGCGGCAGAUGGCAGAUUCCCCCCGAGACCCUACUACUUGUGAUGUUUCUUGUCCCGAGUGUCAUGGCUCGGUUCACUUUCCAUGUGAGGUACUCCCACCCCAAACACCUGCAGGUUGAAUGAAUACAUGGAUGGAAGAAAUUCCUGGAAUUUUUUAAAACAAGCCAGG